CUUUCCAUCGUUUCCUGAAGUCCGAACUUGUUCCAAUGAUGUGCAUGCUGCCCCAAUCGGAUUCACGAAGCGAAUACGAUCGCAAUGGAUCAUGGAUCUUUUAGUGACGCAAUCGCUGCGAGCGGGCCGCUCAUAACUAAUGUCACGAAAGCCAUCAAUGGUCUUCGACGGUUGCGUGGGAAAUACGCCGCUGCCGACGGGACAGCACAUGCAGUGGUGGACGAACUUCAACUCGUGAAGGCGUCGUUGAGCAACCUUCGGAGAUGGGCGCAGAACAACAAGCAGGCGGCCGAAUCAUGCGAUGAGGAUUUCCAGAAUCAAUUCGAAAUCGCAAGAGACAAUGUUGAAGAAGUACUUCGUGAUUUACAAACGGAGGUGGACAGGCUGCUCGAAGUAGAUACGGACGGUGGAGAGGACGAGGGUUGGGAUGAGGAGAGUAUGAAAAGUCACAAGAGCGUUCUCCAUGAUUCAAUGGCAUUAUUACACACCUUGGUUCAAGCUUCUCAGUGGUAUGGACGAUUUGACGCACUUAAGAUGAUGAGAAAAUGUUGAUCAUCGUAGUUCGAGUCGCAUUGAACGGCAGUCGAUCCUACACCAACCACGGAACCAAGAGAUAGUACGCAGCGUUGCGGACGACACAUCCACGAUUAGA